UCUCUGUGCAAACCUCUUAGCCCCGCUGUGAUCCCUCACAGACCUUCAACCUGCCCCGCGAGUCUCUAUAACAACAUGCCCACCUCGGCCCUCCUUCCCUCCCACCUCGCUACGACAGACACUGGCGCUGGCCUAUCGCACCGUGGCCGACCCCUGUGCCCUGCCCACCCCAGCGGUCCCUCUCCAGCCCCGCCAGAGCCAAUCCGCAGCGGGGUGUAAAGUAGGGCAAGCCGCUUCCUGGUUCAAGGAGGAGCUGCCUGGAGUUGGAAUGGGCCAGCGGAGUCAGAGAGGGGGGAGAACAGCCCAGCGAGCCGGCGGUCUGCAAAGAGAGAGCCGAGGCAGGGGGAUAUAAACGCCGACAGAGAGACAAGAAGAGGCGGAUAUUACAGAGAACUCCCGGAUGAUACGUGGUUAGUCAGAGGGACUGGUGUGAGAUUUUGGACAGUGCCGAGAGAGCGGUGACCCCCGGGGGGAGAGAGACGGGUGGGAGUGAAUACAGGAAGUACAGAAGCCGGUCAGGUGGGACGCGACGAGAUAACAUAGGUGACACCGGCGCACAGGCUUUGUAUCCCUGGAAACCUUUUGGCUCCGCUGGAGAAGAACAGAAGCAGGAAGAAGUGGAAAAUAGAGAGGGAGGAAGAGAGCAGGGACCCGUCCUCCUCUGAGUUUAUGGACUGGAGGUAAGAGGUGGCGAUGUCUCCAGGAGAGGACGGUCUGAUCGGGAUUCCCUUCCCAGAGCACAGCAGCGAGAUCCUGUUCCGCCUCAACGCCCAGCGCAGGGCGGGGCUACUCUGUGACCUCACCCUGACCUCGCGGGGUGCCCGCUACCCUACCCACCGCUCCGUCAUGGCUGCCGUCAGCCUCUACUUCCGCGGGCUGUUUGGAGCGGAGGAGGGGGCCGAGGCAGGGGCCGAGGCGGGGGGAGGAGGAGGAGGGUUCAGUGUGUGCCAGCUGGACUGUGUCGCGCCCGAUGCCCUGGAUGCCCUGCUGGAGUUUGCCUACACGGCCACCCUGACCAUCCGCAGCUCUGGCAUGAGAGAUGUGUUGAGAGGAGCUCAGUUACUGGGGAUCCAGUGUGUGGUUGAUGCCUGUAGAGACAUACUGGGGGAGGCGGCGGGGGAGGUAGAGUGGGAGACGGGGGAGGAGAGGGAGAGAAGGGUGGAGAGUGAGAGAAGGGUGAAGAAAGGCUCCCGGAGGAAGAUCGACAGACGGAGAGUCACCAAGGUGGAGUCAUCGCACCACCAGCCACUGCCUCAUCGCCCCAACAUUAACACACACCAGCACCCCUCCACUCCUCCUCCACACCCCUCACCUGUUCAAGACGGGGCCCACUCUCAUCCCUCCACCCGACCCCCCAGCCCUGAGCAGGAUGAACACCCCCCCACCACGGGACAGAACGGGGAGUGGAAGCAGGGCAGGGAUGCAGGGAGAGGGAGUACAGCAGUCAACGGAGGGGUGCACUGGCCUCAGGAGCGCCUCCUCGCCCCCCACCCCCCUAUUCCCCUCUCAGACGACAGGCUGUCAGAAGACGAGGAGGAGAUGGAGGGAGUGGGGAACGGUGGGGUGCCCAGCUUUACUUCAGCCCCCCUGGCAGAGCAAGAGGUGGCCACAGGGGCAGGAGGAGGGGGUAGGAAGAGGAAGUCUCAGACCCCCCAGCAGUGUCCUGUCUGUCAGAAGAUCAUCCACGGAGCAGGGAAGCUGCCCAGACACAUGAGAACACACACCGGGGAGAAACCAUUCGAGUGCUCUACCUGCGGGGUCCGCUUUACCAGGAAUGACAAGUUGAAGAUCCACAUGCGUAAACACACAGGGGAGCGUCCGUACCCUUGCCCCCACUGCCCUGCCCGCUUCCUGCAUUCCUACGACCUAAAGAACCACCUGUCUCUCCAUAGUGGGGCACGCCCCUUCGAGUGCCCGCUCUGCCACAAGGCCUUCGCCCGUGAGGACCACCUCCAGCGCCACCGCAAGGGCCUCAGCUGCCUGGAGGUCCGUACCCGGGCACGGCCGAGGCGCGGGCCUGGGGCUGACCACGGGGAAGAGGGCAGAAGGGUUAGAGGAGGAGGAAGAGGGUAUUCUCCAGACCAACUCGACCCACUGGAGAAUCUGGCCCUGCAGCCCCACGCCUCAGCAUUCCACCCCCGUGCUGGGAUGGUUGGCCUGGGGGAUGGUGCUGAGGCUGGGGCUGGAGGUCAAAUGGUGUUCCAGGAGGAGGCUGACAGGGAGCAAGCUAUAGCCCUCCUAGGGCCUCACAGGUUACCCUACCCUGGUUUGCUGUGGAGAGGCCUGGAGCUGGGGGUGAAAGGGGUGGAGGGGGAGGAGGCAGGCGGGGGCCACUCUCCUGCACUUCAGCAUGCAAGAUGGGAUAAGGAGGCAGAGGAGGAGGCAGAGGAGGAUGAGGAAGACGAGUGAGAAGAGAGGAAGAGAAGAGCGUGCAUGGAUGUGUAUGCGUGUGCAUGUGUUUGUGUGCACGUAUGUGCAUUUGUAUAUGCAUAAGUGUGUGUGUGCGUGCGUGCGUGCGUGCGUGUGUGUGUCACCUACAGUAUGGAUGGGGAUCUCACUCAGGUGACUGGACCUGCUCCUUCUUACAAAGCGCUUAGAGAGACUAAACGAUACAAAAAGAAUAAUGGAAAACGGGUUUUCUGAUUUGUUAUUGUUGUUUCAUGGCUCUCUGUUUUUAUUUCAGUUGUCUUUUAUUUCUAUUUUCCAUUAUUUCUAUUUUAUUUCCUGCUGUGGUUAUUCUUAUUAGCUGUACAUAAAAAGAGGCUUUAUUGAGGGAAUGUUUUGCCCCAUGUGCUGAUGGGGAUAUGGGGUUAUUUUCUCUCACUAUGCAAACUGAAGUCAGGAGAUGAGAAAAAUUAUGUGUCCUAAAAAAAAGGGGGAGAAAAGAAAUCAUGUAUUUUUGAACAGAGUGGUGUUAGAGUAAUAUAACAAUCAAAUGUUAUUGAAGUUCAAACAAUGUAUGUACAACAUCCAUCUGGCACUACUAAACCCUAUCACUCUUCAUGUCACUAUACUAGCACUCUCAGCGGGGUAGUAAGAAACCAGAAUCAUGCGGUUUUCAGUGGAAAAGCAGAGAAGACACAAAGCCUGAAAACCAGUAGCUUCCGGUUCCUUCCGACCCACUCAGGCGUUUGUUUUACGCCUGCUAAAUUAGGUAAGUAUAGUAGUAGGUGUGUAAUCUGCUGUUUGACUUUGGGUGUACCCUACUACCCUCUAGUGGUUAUUGGUGGAGCUAGUCGCCAAUGGCAACAAGUCACCAGGUUUCCUAUUGAAGACAUUAUCUAACAGUAACAGUCAUAUUUUAAUAAGGCUUAUUAUUUUGCUGUCUGUUGUAAGUAGAUUUUCAUGCCCUUUUAUGAGGCACCGAUGAUACCAAAGAUUUCAGUUUAUUUCUUCCUAAUCAAUCAGUUUGAUCAAGCACAGGAGCACCAGAGCUAUAGAUUGAGAUGGGCACGCACUGGUUGAAUCAUUGUUGGUUCCACUCCAUUUCAAUGAAAUUACAUUAAACCAACAUGGAAUAGACAUUGAAUUGAUGUCUGUUCCCAGUGGGAUGACUCUAAGGGUAUCCUGGGAUUUUAGAGCCAAGGUUUGGUUAAAAGACCUGUCUUCAUUUGCCCGGUUCUCUGCUGCAGACUGCUAGAAGGGUUGGAGACUGCUUCCAUAGGUUCGAUUCUCUGUGGAGCUCUAGUGCUCUGUGAAAAAUGACUGACCAAAACUAGACUACAUCUGCAGGGUCAUUGGCUGAUUGUUAAUGAGAGGUGUGUUUGUUGCUUUAGCGUUUACUUUUUGACAUCGACAGGGGACAAUUCCUUUCCAAAGUUUCCUUCUUUAGAAUGUCUUCUGAUCAUGCACUCCUCGUUUUUUUUUAUUGCAAAAAGAGCGAGAGAAAAGGAGAGACCAAAAGGGAAGGAGGGACCUUGAUCUCUUGAUUGCUCUGUAUUUAUUUAUUUAUUGUUAUUUAUUGUGGCUUUCCAGUUGAAACUGUGUGUGUGGCCUGACCUAGGGUAUCCACAGUGACCUGACCCAGGGUAUCCACAGUGACCUGACCCAGGGUAUCCACAGUGACCUGACCCAGGGUAUCCACAGUGACCUGACCCAGGGUAUCCACAGUGACCUGACCCAGGGUAUCCACAGUGACCUGACCCAGGGUAUCCACAGUGACCUGACCCAGGGUAUCCACAGUGACCUGACCCAGGGUAUCCACAGUGACCUGACCCAGGGUAUCCACAGUGACCUGACACAGGGUAUCCACAGUGACCUGACACAGGGUAUCCACAGUGACCUGACACAGGGUAUCCACAGUGACCUGACCCAGGGUAUCCACAGUGACCUGACCCAGGGUAUCCACAGUGACCUGACCCAGGGUAUCCACAGUGACCUGACCCAGGGUAUCCACAGUGACCUGACCCAGGGUAUCCACAGUGACCUGACCCAGGGUAUCCACAGUGGCCUGACCCAGGGUAUCCACAGUGACCUGACCCAGGGUAUCCACAGUGACCUGACCCUGGGUUUGACACAGUGACCCGCAACACCACUUGGCUCGGUCCCCUUCUGGCACAGUUGAAGUGCUUCGUACCUGCUUCCUUUAGAGUCUUAAGAAAAACUGCAUUGUGCUUAACGUGACGGCUAAGUACACCCAGUGCCAUGUUGGGUGAAAGGUCCUCUGUUGGCUAUUCUUCCUCCUUUUGCAUUUGUUUUGCACAACACAUCACACCCUGAAAAGGUACUGCAAUAAUACUGGCACAUUCCAUCCUCCGGGAGAGAAAGAAGGGAUCAGAAAAGAGAGGGGAAAAAGAGACAGACCGAGCCUUUCUCUCUCUCUUUAGAGCACAAGACAACUGUCGCACCACCCGUAGCCGUUUCACACUUUCAGUUAAAGAGAUAAGCAUCAACUGCACUUAGGGAGAGAACUGUGUUGUUGAUUCAACAUGUACUGUAUGUUAUUGUGUUAUCUGUCAACGCUGUGUGUAUAAGUCACAGAUAGGCCCUUAGGGGGCCUGUCUCUAGGAGACCAGCGACCAUCUUGGGUGGCCCAUUGCAGGUGUAAGGCUACUUUGCUUACAGAUAAUCAACUAUUUCUUCAAAGUCUGUCACUCUUUAGGUGAUAGUGAGUUAUGUUCUUUAUUUACAACUAUUUACGAGAGCUGUAACUCUAGCCUGAAGCUUAUGUAGCUCUAGCAGACUGGACCUGUGUGUGCUAUCCAUUCCGCGCUAUGUAGAAGAACUUUCCUUGUUUCUGAUUUAUUUGCACUAAAAUAUUGAGAGCUUUUAAUUUUUUUUUGUUUCACCUCCUUAUCCAUUCCAUGACGUCACUCAGUAUCGUUUAUGAUUGUAAGAGAAGAUAUCUGUUUAAUGUUCCUUCAAUUCUUGAUAAUAACAUUGGUCUAUAUUCUUUCUACUGCGUAGUGUAAUAAUCAUGGUAAGAGAUUGCAAUGUAAAGGGGUGAAGCUGCCUUGGACUUUUGGUUUUGUGCUGCAACUAUUCUCAGGAAAUCUUGAGCAAUGCACUAAGUAAUUAUGCAAAAUUGUGGGGGAGAUAUGCUGUGUAUAUAUAUGUAGCCUAUGUAUGUUCAUACAUAUGUCUGAAGAGGUAGUGACACCUUUCACUCAAUAGUACGGUUCCAAUAUAACCCCUUGUACCAUGAGGAAGUAGGAUAAAAGCAAAUCGAGAAAUAGUAGAUAUCCAUUUGUAUGGUAAAACAUGUACAAUUGUAGUGUACAUCAAUUGAAACCAGCCAGUCACACAUUGUGCUGAAAGUUUUUUUUGUGCUGAGGGGUGUUGCUACCAGCAUUUAGAGAGCUUGGGGAGUGAAUGAGAGGGAAACAUUAUGCCAGCUGUGAAGCGUGGUGUUUCUAUGGAACUUUAUGUCGUUUUAUUUGGCUUUGGUGAAGGGAUCUGGGGUCUGUUUUGAAUAGAGACACCACUAUCAGGGAUACAUUUUUGUCUUUCCGUUUUUGGUGGACCUUCUGUCAGAGAUAUUAAUUAAUUUUCCCAUCAUUUGUUUCAGAUAAUGUAAAGAAAACAGAUAAAUAAACAAAGAUCUAUCCCUG